AUGCUCCCCUGUUCACCCUUGACGGCGAGGGCGAUCGAUCUCGCCCUCGCGACAGCUCUCGUCUUCUCCGUCUCCGUCGCGCUCCCCGCCGCCCGUGGAUUGUCCCCGGGCGGGGUCAUCGACUCCCCGCUGCUGACGCAGAAGGUCGCCACCAACCGGACGAUAAAGGUCGACGUAAACGGGAACGGGGACUUCAAGUCUGUCCAGGCCGCCGUCGAUUCGGUCCCCAAUGGGAACUCCAAUUGGGUCAUCAUCCAUGUUAGGAAAGGAGUUUACAGGGAAAAGGUGCACGUACCAAAAGACAAGCCUUACAUAUUCAUGAGAGGGAAUGGCAAGGGAAGGUCUAUCAUUGCUUGGGCGCAGAGUUCUGCCGAUAACGUCGAAUCCGCGACUUUCAGAGUCGAAGCCCCUAACUUCAUCGCCUUCGGUAUUAGCUUCAAGAACGAUGCGCCGACGGGAGUGGCAUACACGUCGCAGAACCAGUCGGUCGCGGCGUUCGUGGCGGCGGACAAGGCGGCUUUCUACCACUGCGCGUUCUACAGCACCCACAACACCCUCUUCGACUACAAGGGCCGGCAUUACUACGACAACUGCUACGUCCAGGGCUCGAUCGACUUCAUCUUCGGCCGAGGCCGGUCCGUCUUUCACAGUUGCGAGAUAUUCGUCAUCGACGACAAGAGGGUGUCGAUCCACGGUUCCAUCACGGCCCAGAACAGAGAGAGCGCGGAGGAGAACAGCGGGUUCGUGUUUGUGAAGGGGAAGGUGUACGGUGUCGGCGACGUCUACCUCGGGCGAGCGAAAGGCGCCUACUCGAGGGUCGUCUUCGCGAAGACGUACCUCUCCAAAACCAUAGUCCCCAACGGCUGGACCAACUGGAGCUACGAUGGCAGCACGGAGAACUUGUACCAUGCGGAGUACCACUGCCACGGGCCAGGGGCCGAGUCGACCGACCGAGCACCGUGGUCGCAUAAGCUCACCGACGAGGAAGCCGCGCCGUUCAUGUCGAUCGAUUACAUCGACGGCCAGGAAUGGCUCCCUGCCUGGCUAUGAAGUCGUCCCUACUACCAAUACCUGCCUAUGUAGAUACAUAUGUCCUCGUAUGUUGUAUGGUUAAAUUCCAAAAAGAAAGUCCCAAAAAAACAGCAACAAGAUGAGUGGUUUCUCAAGAAGUGCAAGUUAGAGUCAUAUCACUAGCUGAAUUCAAAACACCUUCCUAUUGUUUUAUCCAUUUUCCUCUCG